AUGCUUUCUGAAAAUGUAGUUUCUCAAAUCCCCAGUCCCACAGCAGGUUCCCCAAGGAAGAAGGCUCGCCGUCGACGACCAUCCGCACUUCGGUUAUCUUCCGACACCUCAGGGACAACGUCGACAUUGCCAGAGUACAGCCAAGCACCAGCAUCCGGAGCGAGGUUGUCCAACUCGACUUGGGAGGCAGAGCAGAUUCCGGAAGACAGUCCGCCGGACUAUCCAGGAACCACCAGAAGCACCGAUAGUGCAGAAGAGGCCGACGAGGAGACAGAAUUGACCGGUAGCGACGAAGACGAAGACCAAGACGGAUUUUUUCGAAACCAGGGUCCGCAGGGUCCAUUUGCCUUCGUACCUCAGCACACCAAGGCCCCUCAAUCUGCCACGACGUCGCCGCGCCCCAAUAAAUCCCCUCGGCCACAGCACUCAGCCUCCCCCAGACGCCAGAAGCGAUUUCUCCACCAACAGCUGCAAGUGUCUAGUCCAGACCUAUUUGGAGAAUACUCAGGAAGUCAUAAGCGCCGACAUUCUUCGGUAUUGGGACGGUCGACCUCCACUUCACACCUUUCUCAUAAGCAAAGUUUGUCCUUGUCUUCGACACCAAAGUCAAGAUUCUCCAAGUCCCAGACUCGGGAGCGAGACACAGAUUCGUAUCUGGACUCUCUUCUAGAACGCAGCGUCCACGCCCUCGAAAUUUCCAACACACUCCUACAAAGUUCGAUGUCGACUCAAGCCACCAUGUCCGCCCUCUUCUCGGGAUCGACCACAUCCCUUGGGGCCUUCAGAAGCAAUACGACACCCGCCUCUCAUUACAGCCCAGCGGUAUCGAACGGCGGGACGCCUACCCGGGAUUAUUCCGGAUUUCAUGACGUCGAUUCUGCGCUCGAAGCUCGCGCCAUAGGGUUAAGCUCCAAAUUGAUGCGCAACUGGGACAUGCAGGAAAGCUGGGCAGAGGAGUUGGAAAAGAUCAAGAACGGGGUGGAUUCUCUAUUUGCCAACGAGGGAGAAGUUGGACAGGGCUCAUCACAUGUGAGGUCAAGGCGCUCCCGUUCGGCGAGACCUGACGCAAGACCAAACAAUCCUGUGGCGCCUGUUGGUAGCCAAAGCUUGCCUGGCAGCAGUCCUUUGUCAGCCACACAGCUGUCUAGGACAGCCUCGAGUAGCCCGGUUCAGCAGGGAAGGAGACCGUCUGUCGAUCUCACGGCAAGGAGCAGGGAUGCUCAGCAAGUGCUUACAAGAGGUGACGAGGAAUUGGUUUCUCGAUCUCUUCCCGAAUCUAUAAUAGAGCCUGUGGUUCCUUCAGCACAGUCUCAAUUACGGUUAGCUCCGCAGGACCGAUCGAAUCUCGUUUCCCCACCCCCACGAGCCCUGACAAUGUACAUCGAAGCCACCUCUUCCCCCGUUUUACCCAAGCAGCCCGAGAACCCUGCACGCAGCGAUCUAACCACUCUCAUCUUACCCUCAACCUUGGGAAUUCGGUCAACAUCAGUGUCAACACCGAACCUACUCCUGCCCAAUAGCGUUGCAAAUACAACAGCGCCCGGUUCAGUCCUCCCUCCACAAGUGACCGAUACUGUCCACCUCCCCUCCACGCCUGCCUACAACAUGCUAUCAUCGCUCGCAGCAAGGGGGGUCAGCAAUGGUGCUUCCUCUUCAACGAGCAACCUACUGUCAAAUGCAGCCAUGUCCAAUACGCUUCGUGUACCGGUCCCUGGAAGGGGGAGCUCGGGGGACGCAACCGCUGUAUCAGCACCCUCUUCCUUCGUCUCGUCUUUCAUUCACCGAGCUGCAUCAGGCAUACGGAGGCGGAACUCAAGCCCUCCUGCACCGUCAAAUCUUCGGCGCUCCAUUUCGGCAGAGAGAAAUGUUCCUUCCACACGAAGAUCGCCACGCCACCACCCAAGUAGCAUCACCAUCCCUGCCUAUCGCAAUGGUUCUCCUAGUCCCCACGGAUCAACACAUCCGGCCCUUAUCCGGCGAAUGACGCCUCCAACCGAAGAGGAGAGUCAAACCGAAGGUUCCGAUUCAUCUUCAGAUAGCUGUGUGGCCAAGCAGACGGUGCUCAGCCUGAGGAAGAUACUGGACGUCCAACCUUCACCUUCGACCAGCAAGUUAGACGCCAGUUCCAGCACCCAUCUUUCAGGCCCACGUGAAGCCUUGACUAGGUCAACAAGCGUACCCAAUACGCGUGCGCCGUCGACCCCGUCUCGUUCGUCUUCAUUAAAUCGAGAUCCAUCCAGAUAUCAGAUUUCGCCCAGGAAACCUCCCGCGUUCAUGCCUCGAAGCCCUGCUCCCACGGCAAGUGCUGGUACAUCAAAUGCGACCGCUUCGAUAUCGAGGUUGUUCACAAAGGGCGUUCACACCAGUUCAACAAGACCCAGAAGUCCUCCACUGAGGAGUGUCAUGAAGGGGAAAGCCCCCCGCCCGGAAACACCUGUCGAUGCAGAAAGCACUCCUCCACGACCUCUUUCCCUCGCCACUGUUAGCCUAAACAACAACUCCCCCAGCAGUACAACAAUGCAUAGUCCCACACCCUCCUUGGCCCACUUCCCCGAGUUCGUCUCGCGAGCGCUCGCCAGUGGAAGCCGGAGUGCCUCAAGCAGCGGCCGCUCCACACCCAAGCGCAUCAGUUUCGCUGAACUUCCUGAGAGCUAUUCCAGCACCAAACCAGAAGGCGAGUCUUCAGGGUUCAAGACUGGGUGGCGGAAGGGUGGGUCAUUCCACAGGCGGAAGCGGAGUGGGAGCGAGUCGAGUGGGUUGAAUGUGAGGAGACCGGGCAGUCCGGAUGAAGCUGAAAAGAGCUGGUGGUCGGGUUGGCUAUCACCGAGGGGGUUGGAUGAGAGGGAAGGGAGGGAUAGGAUGUAUCAAGAAGAUAGGGCGACGAGGGCCUGGGGUGGGAGGAUGGGCAUGGCGCUGGGAGCUGGCGGGCUGGGGAUAGGCCAUCCUGGGAUGGAUGAAUGGGGGGUGUAG